AGAGCAAUAGCAGUUUCACACGUACGCACGGAAACGACUGACUCUACGCAUGUGCUUCAGCCUCAUUUCCUGCAUCGUCUCAAAAACUGUAAGUCAGAACCACGGCCGCCACAGCAACAGUGUUAGCUGGUGUGAUUGUACAUCAGUGAAAUAUUGGACCUUAACGUUUAACGCGACGGUACCGUCCAUUGUACGAUUACGGACAUUUUUGCGCUGCGGUGGAGGCGUUCCGCCAACGACGACGACAAAAACCGAUAUUGGGACCGCACGACGAUUAUUAACUUUUCGCGGUGACGUUUUUGUCAGCGUUUGACAAUCACGACGAACAUCGCGCCCCCGCUAUGAUUCACAGCGGCGGCGGCGCAGAUUGUUAUACCGGUGCGGUAGCAACCACGACGAAUACCGCCGGCAACCCUUCGACGACCGCAAUGAUGGCUAACAUACAACAACAACAACAACAACAACAACAACAACAUCAACAACAUCAACAAAUACAACACCAACAGCACCAGCAAAUCUCCGCGGCCGUCACAGACAUGCCGACGGACUUCUGGUGGUGGUCCACGACGACGACGACGACGGCGGCACAGCAACACGCCGACGGCGGCGGUCCGGCGCCCGGACACCAACACCAGCAGAUAUCGUCUUCGUCUUCUCAACAGCAACAACACCAGGAGACCAUCGACGGCGACGAGUUUGACGGUUUCGACUUGUCGCUGCUCAUAAACGGCGCCGGCGACGGAUACUUCAGCGACGCGUCGUCCGCCGACUGUCGCGUGCCGGCGGCCGCCAUUUCCGCGACGGUCACCGUGCACACCAACACGUCGUCCAUGGACGGCGCCGGCGCCGACGGCGACUGUUACUAUCCGUCGGCCGCGACGUCCACGUCGCUGCAACAGCAACUCGACCUACACGCCGAGACAUCGUUCGGCUCCUCCGACGACGAAGGCGGACCGCCGACAAUCACCCGCCGCAGGUUGGACGCGCCGCCGUCCCUGCAACUGGACGGCGGACAGGCGUCCCGCGGCCAAUACGACGCGGCGGACGACGACGAACUACUGUUGUACGGCGGCCCUUAUUAUUCCGCCGCCGCGUCGCCCUCGUGGCUCGACCGCAUGGUGGCCGCCGCGGCCGCCGCGACAACGGGCGCCGGCACUGCCGAUUUCUAUUCCGGUGACGCCGACACAGCCGCUGACGACCAAGACAUCUACCGUCGGCGACAACAACAACAACAACAGCAAAACGGCGACCGUGCAGUGGACAUUGUCAACAUCGUGGACGACUGUUGCAGCGUCAGCGAUUAUUGCAACAACUACGGCAUGGGCGGCUUCGAUCAGGGCUACUACUCCGUCGCUUCGGCCGAAGUAGCGUUCAGCCCACAGACUUCGGCUCCGGUGCCGUCCGUCACGCCACCGCCGUCGUCGUGCGGCGACCCGUCGACGACCACAACCACGAGCAACGACGGUGACAAUAUUGUCCAACAGAUGACGACCUGGAAAACGACUGAAGCAACGGCGUCCGACGACUACUACGACAGGCUGCUGAUGACGGUCAUGAUGGAGGCGGCCGCGGCCGCAGGUUCCGCGAUCCCAUCGCCGGCCAGCGAGAGCAACUGCGCCGGUGCGGCUGAUAACGUCGGCAGCAACUACAUCAGCAGCAGCAGCAGCAGCAACAGUAGCAGUAGCAGCAGCACUUGCAGCACCACUACGUUCAACAGCGUGGCCAGUGGCGACGUGGACGGCGGCAACGCCGCGUGCUUCAAGAUGGAAGUGGACGACGACGAGUGCUGCGGCGGCAGCGACGAGGCCACCACGACGGCCGCGGACGAAGACGACGUGGACGACGACGACAACGAGUCGGACGUGUCCGACGCGAUAAUGAAGUUUCAACCGGAACAGCAGCUGCUCGUCAACGCCGCCGCCGCCGCGACGUGCUGUUCGACCACGGCAGCCGUGGCCGAGCCGGAGAACAAGACCGCGGCGGCCGUCGCCCCGUCCGGAACCACGUCAUCGUCGCAACACAUCCACUUGUGGCAGUUUCUCAAAGAACUGUUGACCGCGUCGUCGGCAGCCGCAGACCUGCAGAUCGCGGCCACCGCGGACGGUGACGCGGCGCCACAGCCCCCGCCGUCCCCGUCCACGGCGCUCUCGAACGCCACCGCCGCCGCCGCGACGAACAAGUCGCAGCAGCCGCCGCAGCAGAUGAUCCGGUGGUUGGACCGGAAGCUGGGCGUGUUCAAAAUCGAAGACAGCCAGGCCGUUGCCCGUCUCUGGGGCCGCCGCAAGAACCGGCCCGCCAUGAACUACGACAAACUUUCUCGAAGUCUGCGACAGUACUACAAGAAGGGCAUCAUGCGCAAGACGGAACGCUCGCAGCGGCUCGUCUACCAGUUUUGCCAUCCGUACAACGCUUGACGUGUGAUGAUAACAGGACAAAAAUUUACACAAUAUGUACAUAUUAAUAUUAUUAUUAUUAUUAUCAUUAUUAUUAUUACUGUUAUUAUUAUUAUUAAUAUCAUCAUCGGGUCUGUGAAUCAAUAAUUGAUUGUGACGUUUUUGAAAAUACGUUUUCGCGCAUCAUCAUAUACGAGCGCUCUGUGUUGCUACUGAAUUAAUUUUGAUAUUUCGAAGCUCACUCCCACCCCACGGUCACUCUGAAUUGUUGUAACACAGUCCCGGUUGCAUAGGCGGAUAUUUGAUCGAAUUUUUAUUUUUAUUUUUUUUUUCUGAGCGAGGGGGGGGGGCUUAAAUCUUUCUUUGCAUUUUUGUAAAAUAGAUACCUAUUUAAUGCUUAGAAAAAUGUUCAAUAACUUGGGGGGGGCUUUCGAUUUUUUUCAAAGCAUCCCCCAAUCUCCGCCUAUGCCCUACGGUUGUAAUGGGUAUGUAAUAACGUAGGUACACUAGGUAUUGCACCAGUGGAUUAUAAACGUAUAAGCGCGGUGGUGGUAAUAACAUGAUAAGUCAAAACUUGUUAUAGGUUAAGUUAAAGUAGUGCUUCUACUUCGGCCGAACUAUCUGUAAUGAUAAUUCGGCAGAGGUAAAACGCUCGCAUCAUAAUAUUAUACUCGCGUGUAUAAGCGCGCGAUACGCCGCGCCGUCUCGUACUCGUCGCGGUCGGACGGGCGGGCGGCGGACGCGAAGCGGCUUAGGCGCGAACGAUGAACGCGGAAGGUAAUUUUCGCGUGCGCCACCGUCACGGCCUUUUUUUAAGGGUGACGGGGUUUUUUUUAAUGGGGGAGGGGGAUAUUGGGUAGUCGUCGAAAAUGCGGUCCGGUGACGAUUUCGGUUUGUAUAUUUAUAUUGAAAUGAUAAUACAAACUAAAUCGCACGAACGAUUUUCGACGGUAUACGCCUAGUUACUUGUGGUCGAACGCGAGCUGGAGAGUUGGAAGAAUAUUGUGGCGCUUUGGGCGUGAUUUUUUUUUUUCUAUUUUAAAACUACCCGACCGCCGGGCCCUAUGCGGCCCCGGUUGGACUUGGGUGGUUGUUAUCGGUCCCAUAUAUCAAUGAUAUAUUGUCUAUUACGUACGUUCUGUGAACAUGUUUUUUUUUAAUUUUAAUCAUAACAUAUAUGUUUUUUUUUUAUUAUACAUAAUAAGUAUUAUAAGGUGUAACAUAUAUAUUAUUAUUAUCAUACAUUAUUAUAUUGUGAUUAAUUAGAUUUACAAUAUUGUGGAAGGAAGGGGGCGAUUACGGAUUCUGUGCGGACUGUAUUAAUCCGCAGACGUAAUACGCCAAUUGGUGCAGGUUAUACAUAAUAAUUAUUACAUCCAUAAAUCUACGCAUAAAAUGAGCAAAAAUGUAAAACUUAAGCCAUAUUAAAUUCAAUGCUCGAAUUGAAAAAAAAUAAACAAUGUAUUCAUGGUCUCAAAUGUAAACUAAUGAUUUGCGUUCCUUAUAAUUGUCAAAAAAAUGGUUAUCUCCUUACAUGAGUCUGAAAUGGGUUAACUCUAAUGCCUCUAAUUAAGCACUGAUUUUAACAUUGUAUUGUUGAGAUACACGUGCGCUAAUAUUGCAAAUAAUAUUGUAUAUUUUAUAUAGCCAUAUAGGUGCGUAUUUGUAAUAAUUAUUGAG